AUGUACGAUGCCGAAGAUCAUUCGCUAUUCCUGACACCACGUGUCUGCUACUUUUCGGCAGCAAAAGGUGGUGCAUCACGACAUAUGAUGGUCAAUGGUAGUAGCCAAAGAAUGGCAAUUAAAAUCAAAUGCAGCAACAAUGAAAUUUUUCGAGUCUCACCUGUUUACUGCCUAUUGGAACCAGGAGGCUCGCAGCGAUUACAGAUAGUGCGCGAUCCAGGCGAGGCAAAAACAGAUAAAAUCGUCCUUCUCUACCGGUACACUACCCUGUCUAAUCCACGCGAUGCUUUUGCAGAUGUAGCAGAUGGUGACGACGCAGUUCACAAAAAAAUCAUUGCUCUGGUGGCUCGCGACGACAUCGAGGUUGCAUUGGCGCCAACAACAAAUCUAAAAUCUAUUUUGAAAGCGUAUCCACAAUGCUAA